AUGGCUACGAUGCCAUCGGCGCCUGUCGCUGCGGCUGCGGCCGCUUCGCGCUCCAAAUCGGCUGCCGCUCCUACCAAACCCCGAUCCGCAGUGCGCCAGGUUCUGUCACUGCCGCCCCGCCUCUUAAACAUGUACGACGACUUCAUCAUCAAGAACGCGAGCCAGGUGUCGCAGAUCGAAAGUGCAUUGCGCUCAUUGACAUAUGUCAUUCCCGGCCGCUUCCGCGAUGCGGAAAUAGCCUCAGAGUCUCUUCACUCGGGCGUCGGUCUCCUCUCCCUAUAUCACGAUCUCGUCUUGCAGCAACGCGCCGCGUCACCCUCCUCUUCUAAACUUCAACAACAGCCGACAUCCGCCCGGCCGGCCCACACGCGCUACACGAUCUUUUGGUUCCAAAAGUCCCCGAUAUACCGCCGCGUCGCCCUGGCGCUGCAGGUGGUCCAGUACACGCAGCUGCUGCUUGAGAUGGCCGCCAAGCGCCGCGGCGACGAGCGCCUGCGUUGGCGCGUAGUCGUCCUCGUCGAGGCCUUCAAGGCCUUUUGCAAACUCGUCCUGCUCCGCAUCACCCGCGGGCGGCCGCUCCUCUCUCCGCCCGUUCCGGAGCGACAAGUCUUACCCGAAGAAAAUGAGGGCGACCUAGAUGGCGUCCCACCAGAAUUAGGAGACGAACAAGGCGACGGUCAACACGAGAACGGCGUCUUGGUUAAUGGCAACGGCAACGGCGCUGCCAAGAGCAACGGUCAUGCCCACACAAACGGCAAGACGAUAGCAAGCCCAUCAUCCCCCCAAAAGGAGUGGUUCAUGCCGCGCACGCAGGCUACUCUCCCCUCGCUUCCUUCAAACUCAGACAUUGGCUCAUACCUUCUCUCGCGCGUCCUGACCGCCGACGAUAUCAAGCCUGCCCCGAAGCUGCUCCGCCCACUGUCCGGGGCCGCCCGCGCGGCCGAGGUGCUUCACAUCCUUGCCCCGCUCGUUUACGCCCUGACCCUGGCCCACUUCUCCCUCCGCGCAUCCGAGAAGGGUGCUUCGGGCAAGAAGAGCGGCGCCGCGAACUGGACGCCCUGGCUGCUCGGUGUCGCCCUGUCCCUGGCCGCGCGGCAACUGCGCGACCGGGGCUUUGGCGCCUCGGCCCUGGAGCGGGAGGAGUGGGACCGCCGCGGUUGGGGCAUCGGCUGGUGGGCCAUGCGCGGCGCCGCCUACGAGCACGUCGUCAAGGGCGUGGUCGAGGGUGUCAGGAGGAGGAUGCCGAGCUUCAUCGGCGGCGUGCUGGAGGACUACGAGUACCUGUGGGAUAAUUACUAUUUUAGCACUGCCGACUAG